AUGCAAAAAGAUUUACGAUACGUGUGGGAAAUGGCUAGCGAAUUGCACAAAAGAUUUGAGGGUGGUCUUUAUAAUCGACAGAGUCUAGUUGAUAAUUGCAAUCAACACCAAUCCCUGAUUGUUAUCGUCGUUUAUGAAACUAUAAAAUCACAAGGCAAGGUGGCAAAGUGGAUGGAUGUUGAAACUUAUACAAACAAAGUAAAGAACAUCAACAAUAAGGCAAAUGAAAAAAAGUCGUAA